CUUACAUGUAACAAGACUCCAUCGAUUCUCUCCACUUCCUUUAACUCUUACGCGACAUAGCUAUCCGUCACAUCUCACAUUGAAGGCUCACCAGUAAAUGGUAAUCAUGGAGAAGUCAGAAAAUCGGCCUUAUGAUCAAUACCACUAUGCUGAGAUCCCAACAUCUCCCGAUGCGAUCCCGAUACGUGCCCGACGCGGUCGCAUUUCUCGACUCGCAGUUGCCCUGAGCUUCAUAUCGUUGCUCACGCUAAGCACAAUGUUCUUCGCUAUCCCAGGAAUCAAUUUUUCUGUUUGUCACAAGAUGAGGGGAAAACUUGGUGCAAUUUUAUCUUUCCCGAAGGGUGGUGAGACACCUGUGCCAGCAUCAAGUAACAAGGUCCCGCUUGAGGCUCAUAUCAUGAGCAAGUGUCCAGACGCCCAGGACUGUCUUCAGAAACUGGUCGUUCCUGCUAUGGAGCAGAUAAGUGAGAAAGUCGAUUUUGAGUUGUCCUUCAUUGCAAGCGUCACUAAUCAAUCAUCUGAUAUACAUUGCAAACAUGGACCUGGCGAAUGCAUUGGCGACAUGCUUAUGCUUUGCGCUCAGGAUCUCCCUUUCUCACCUGAGGGUACCGAGAAAACUACUCGCAUGCCCACCAUCCGUUCCCUUGGAUUUGCCAAUUGUCUUAUCGGCCAGUACGAGGAUAUUCCAGACCGUCCACUGGUUCAAAAUUGCGCCUUACAACAUGGUAUCGAUUUUGAAUCUCUGAACAGAUGCGUCAGCAGGCAGGAGGAUGAUCCUAGCAAUGGUGACUUAAGUGGUCUCGCAUUGUUACGUCAAAGUGCCGUCCACAGUGCAGACCUUGACGUUCAUACGAGUUGUACUGUUCGACUGGAUGACUCUGUUUGGUGUGUCCGCGAUGACGGAGAAUGGAAGAACUGCGCUAAGGAGGGGAAAGGCAGCCAAGUAUCUACACUCGUGGAGGAAAUUGAAAGACUCUGGGAGGCGAAAAACUAAAUGAAAGAGCUAUGAUGGCAGUAUGGUUGUUAUGACUUACGAAAAAGUCUCCAAGGAGUGCUGGUUACUGCUUUAGCUCGCAUCCCUGCAGGUGACUGUACUAAGAUGAUAUCCGCUUUAUAUAUAAGCAUUAUUUAUCGCAGAUAUUGAUGAUCGCUAAUUCAUAAUGUCUAAAAAAAUCUGUUUCUGUUUCUGUUUCUCUUUUGUUUAGCCAAGAGAGUUUUGCAUUACACUUUUCUGCAUAGCAGAAUACCGUGCAAACCACAGAGGACUAAGCUACAGUGUCUUUCACAAAUGCAUGCCG